GAAUUCUCGAUUUACCCUUAGCUGGUGGGAAAAUUUGUUCGUUGUAAACGAAACUCGGAGCAAUUGCAAUGCUGCGUUUGUUCUCCAACGCUUUGCGACUCGGGGCUGCCCGGCCUCUGAGUACGUCGUCGGUUAAGCUGAGCGAUAAUUUAUUCGUUCAUCGCGAUUCUCCCGAGGACAAUCCCAGUAUCCCGUUUGAGUUCACUGCCGAUAAUCAGAAGGAACCGGAGGCUAUUCUGAACAUCUAUCCAGAGGGUCAUAAGCGUGGUGCUAUGAUUCCAUUGCUGGAUCUAGCACAACGACAGCACGGAUGGCUGCCGAUCUCGGCUAUGCACAAGGUAGCCGACAUCCUGGGACUGCCACACAUGAGGGUGUACGAGGUGGCAACUUUCUACACCAUGUUCAUGCGAAAACCUACCGGCAAAUAUCAUAUUCAAGUUUGCACCACCACUCCAUGCUGGCUGUGUGGAUCAGAUGAAGUGCUGGAGACCUGCAAGAAAAAUCUAGGGAUCGGUGUCGGUGAAACCACCAAAGAUGGAAAGUUCACAAUCUCCGAAGUGGAAUGCUUGGGUGCCUGCGUGAAUGCACCGAUGAUGGCGGUUAACGAUGAUUACUAUGAGGAUUUAAGCGUUGCUGAUACGGAAGAAAUAUUGAACAGUCUUAAGCAAGGGCAGCAUCCACGUGCAGGUCCCCGCAACGGUCGAUUCGCUUCUGAACCUAAAGGGAAGCUCACUUCACUCACGGAAGAACCCACUGGCCCGGGAUUCGGGCUGCAAGCAGGGCUAUAAGCUCUGUAAACUUAUUUCUGUCGCGCCCUAGUUGAAGGAAUAAAA